AGGAAAAAAUGCAAAGCCGAAUACGGCGGCGUAGUGGGAACAGCUUGUAAACAGAAACCGCCUAUCGCUUUUCCCUUUUAACCACCCUCCUUUUUAUAGUCAAUUAAGAUGACACCCAUAAGCAAAGCGGGUUCAAACAAGCCAGGCUGCCUUGUCCGCGUUUCUCUUCCUUCCCUUUGCCUCUGAUUCGUUGACCCACAAUCACUCUCCUCAAUCCCCAAACACGAUUCACUGUUUCGCAAAAGAGCUCUUUAAGAUCUGUUGUUUUUCGAUUUCACAAUUCCAAGGUCAAAUCUCUUCUCCUCCUUCCCUUUCUUUUUUUUUUCAUUUGCUUCUCUGCAUUUGUUUUUUCAGAUCCGCUCUCUAGAUCGAAACGACACUAUUUUCCAGAUCUGGGUUUGGUAAUAUUUGUCUGGAAAUGUCGGUUUUGCCCAAAGGUGAUUCGGUUCAAAUUCGAGAAGUUUGGAACGAUAAUCUGGAAGAAGAGUUUGUUUUGAUCCGUGAAAUUGUUGAUACUUACAAUUAUGUUGCUAUGGAUACUGAGUUCCCAGGUGUUGUUCUACGCCCCGUUGGAACUUUCAAGAACGUAAGUGAUUAUAACUACCAAACUUUGAAAGAUAAUGUGGAUAUGUUGAAAUUGAUCCAGUUGGGUCUCACUUUUUCGGAUGCCAACGGGAAUCUUCCCACUUGUGGAACCGACAACUUUUGCAUUUGGCAAUUCAAUUUCCGCGAGUUUAAUAUCAGUGAAGAUAUCUUCGUUAGUGAUUCCAUCGAGUUGUUGCGUCAAUGUGGGGUUGAUUUUAAGAAGAACAAUGAAAAAGGUAUUGAUGUGAAACGGUUCGGUGAGCUUUUGAUGUCGUCCGGGAUUGUGUUGAAUGAUGAUGUGCAUUGGGUCACUUCAAGCGGAUAUGAUUUCGGAUAUUUGCUUAAACUUUUGACCUGCAGGAGUUUGCCCGAUACUCAAACUGGCUUCUUCAAUUUGAUCAAAAUGUAUUUUCCGAUGGUAUACGAUAUCAAACAUAUGAUGAAGUUCUGCAAUGGCCUACAUGGUGGUUUAAACAAGCUGGCCGAGUUGUUAGAAGUGGAAAGAGUUGGUGUAUGCCAUCAAGCUGGUUCGGAUAGUUUGCUCACAUCAUGCACGUUUAGGAAGUUGAGGGAUAACUUUUUCAAAUCAGUACAGAAAUAUGCAGGUGUACUGUAUGGCUUAGAGGUCGAGGGCGGGCAGAAUUCGGAUUAAAAGAGAAAAUAAUUGGGAAAAAGGAUGUAGACUACUAAGUGUGUGUGACUUAAUUUUAUUUGUAUACAUUGGCCAAAGAAGAAAGAUUGUUGAUCUAGUUGUGACUUUUUCUCUUUUGCUUGCAUUGUAACUAAAACCUGGUGUUCAAGUUGAAGUCCAGUGUAAAUUAUGCAGUUAGUCUUUCAAUAAUAAUUGUAACAAUUACCAUCUUAUUAUUUUAA